GUAUUCGACGAAAAAUGGCUGCCGAACAAGUUUUUCAAUGAAAAUGUAUUCUAUUGACAAUUCGCGAUAAAAUGAACUUUUAAUCGAUUUUACGAAAAAGGUGAUUAUGUUAAUAAUUGUGCCCUAACAAAUUGUUUGCCCUUUGUGUGUUGUUUUUACGUGCUGGAGGCAGGUUCAAUAAUGCCAUUAGCUGUUCCCUUCGAAAUUCAGCGACCAUUUCAAACUUAAAAACGAUUUAAUAUUUCCUGAAAAAAUGGGCGACCUGGACACAGAGGCUACCGGCUCAGCGGCAGAGCGCCGCCUCCGUCAACUGGAGGCGCUCUACUUGAGAGGGCCCCUAGCCUCUCGAGGACAAGCCUUUAGCGUCGAAAGUCUUGUGGAUCUCAUGAUCAUUUUGUAUGACGAAUGCUGCAACUCGAGCCUCAGGAAGGAGAAAACUGUUUCGGAUUUUUUGGAAUAUGAUCCCGAAUUACAAGCACUAUCCUUAAAUUCUGCAUCAGCAACAUUCACUCAAGAGGAUAAUUAUUAUUAUCAAAACAAUGAUCAAGCAUUCCAAGCAGUUGCUUCUACUGCUUCAAUUCUGCCAAGCCAAAAUGAUAUUUUUGUUGGAAUAGGAAACAUCCAAGAGUUUUAUCUCUUGCUAGAGAAAGCAUUUGUCAGCAUAGUAACAGAAAAGGGCUUAUUUCAAAAGUCUAGAUAUGUACUAACAAAAGUCAAUCUGAUUCAUCUUUUGUCCAACAAAACCAACCACAUUUCAGUUAGUGGAGGAAGAAUUGUUGGCAUUGGUAUCAACAAAUCUAUAUCCCAAAAUAUAUGA